AUGGAAUCCAAAUUCUCACCAACAGAGGUAAUGUUCAACAUGACUUGGCGCACACUCUCCUAUGCCGCUGUUCCUGACAUGCUACCCGCUGCAUCGCUCGACACGAAUGGCCUCAUCCCGCGGUCAUUCUGUCCACAAGUAUACGACGGCGUGAUGAAGCAUGUGACAGAUAUGCAAGAAGAAGCCCAGUUCGCGGCGUGGUAUUGGGUCGUUGAUGGGCAGUCUCAAGAAGACGUUGAGAGAGGAUCAAUAGGCUGGCAUCCCUGUUUCACUCUACCUGCGAAUCGUCGUGUCGUAACCCGCAACGUCAACCCACGCGUCGUCGCCAAUUCAGAGCCCUUGAGAGAUGGCAGAAGAUCAGUAUCUUCCCCCAUCACCUCUACCAACUACAGCCACAACUACAAAUGA